AUGGCGGCGGAGCAGGCGCCACCUUCCGAGUGCAUCCAAACCUACAUUACCAAAUCAGGGCACAGCUGCUGGACUUCUCCACAAAUGCCAGAUUACACGUCCAGUUUCAUGCUAUCCGCUCUGGCCGACAUCGAGGUCCCUGUGGAGGGCUGUGACACCCGCAGCAAAAUCAGUGGUGACUUGGCUACUACAUCUACAGCACCUGUCUGCACGGUGGGGCCUGAAGUGUUUCUCCACACAGAUGGGCUACAAGUCUGGACUCCUGCGGCCGAGCCUGGUUUGGCAGAACCAACACUUUGUUUCGCCUCUAAGUGGAAUUGGUUGACUUAUGAAUUGGACUCUCACUGGCUGGUGCUUAUCCCUCCAAACGGCUUCCCCACAGCCUGA